GCCGGAGCAGGCUGGAUGCCCACAGGCAGCAGGACACUAUCACAGGCUGCCCGGGCACUCGGCAGGGGCGCAGGACUUCUCUUCCCCCGCACACAGGUCUCCUUGCCAAGACCCUGCCUUUGCUGUGCUGGCCUCCCCAGGGCCGGCCCCAAUUACUGGUACCAGCUGCUGUUAAGGAGUGUAUCUCUCCGGUCCACAGGCAGAAACCGGGGUGGUGGUGCUGGGGCUUUCCAUUUCUCCCUGCUUUUGCACGCUUGGCUUCGCCAAGCCUGCACAGCUGCAGAGGACAUGGCAGAGCAGAGGUACUGUGUAGACUAUGCCAAGCGUGGCACGGCAGGCUGCAAGAAGUGCAAGGAGAAGAUCGUGAAAGGAAUGGUGCGCAUUGGAAAGAUUGUUCCCAAUCCUUUCACGGAGUCUGGCGGGGACAUGAAGGAGUGGUACCAUGUGAAGUGCAUGUUUGAGAAGCUAGAGAAGGCCCGGGCCACCACCAAGAAAAUCGAAGACAUCACAGACUUGGAAGGAUGGGAAGAGCUACAAGAUGGGGAGAAAGAAUUAAUCAACAAGCACAUCUCAGAAGCUAAUUCCAAGGCUGCAGGUACACCGAAAAAAAAAGUGAUAGUUCAAGCUAAGCUCACUGCCACAGGACAACUAACUACAAAAGAUCCAUUAGCUCUCAUCACUCCAUCACCAAAGAAGUUCUCUGGCUUCACAGCCAAGCCAAAGAAUUCAGAAGAUGUCUCUGCAAACUCUUCCCACAAGUCUAGCCUAUCUGCAAAAAAAUGUGAUCCGAAGCACAAAGACUGCUUGCUGCGAGAGUUCAGGAAGCUCUGUGCCACGGUUGCUGAAAAGCCUAGCUACAAUGUGAAAACACAGAUCAUCCAGGAUUUUCUGAAGAAGGGAUCUGGAGGAGAUGGUUUUCAUGGUGAUGUGUACCUGACCAUUAAGCUGCUGUUACCAGGCGUCAUUAAAAUUGUUUACAACUUGAAUGAUAAGCAGAUUGUAAAGCUGUUUAGUAGGAUUUUUAACUGCAGCCAAGAAGAAAUGGUCCGGGACCUGGAACAGGGAGAUGUUUCCGAGACCGUCCGCCUCUUCUUUGAACAGAGCAAGUCUUGUCCUCCAGCAGCCAAAAGUCUCCUGACCAUCCAAGAGGUAGAUGAAUUCCUAAUCCAGCUGUCAAAGCUUACUAAGGAAGAUGACCAACAAAGCAUGCUGCAACAUAUCACUUGCAGAUGUACGGGCAACGACCUGAAAUGCAUCAUCAGGCUAAUUAAGCAUGACUUGAAAAUGAAUGCUGGAGCAAAGCACGUGUUGGAUGCUUUGGAUCCCAAUGCUUACGAGGCGUUCAAAGCAUCACGCAACCUCCAGGAUGUGGUAGAGCGAGUCCUGAAGAACCAGCAGGAGGCUGAGAAGAUGCCAGGUCUGAAGCGAGCCCUCAGCGUGCAGGCCUCUCUGAUGACCCCGGUUCAGCCCAUGCUGGCUGAAGCCUGCAAGUCAAUUGAGUAUGCCAUGAAGAAGUGCCCAAAUGGCAUGUAUGCAGAGAUCAAAUACGAUGGCGAGCGGGUGCAGGUCCAUAAAAAUGGAGACCAUUUCAGCUACUUCAGCAGAAGCCUCAAACCUGUCCUCCCACAUAAAGUAGCCCAUUUUAAGGACUUCAUCCCCCAGGCUUUCCCUGGUGGGCAAAGUAUGAUCCUGGAUUCAGAAGUUCUUCUGAUUGACAACAAAACUGGCAAGCCACUUCCUUUUGGGACUCUUGGUGUGCACAAGAAAGCUGCUUUCCAAGAUGCCAACGUUUGCUUGUUUGUGUUUGACUGCAUCUAUUUCAAUGACAUCAGCCUGAUGGACAGGCCUCUGUGUGAACGUCGUAAGUUUCUCCAUGAUAACAUGGUUGAAAUCCCCAACCGGAUCCUCUUCUCGGAGAUGAAGCAUGUCACAAAAGCUUCAGAUCUGGCAGAUAUGAUCACCCGAGUCAUCCGUGAGGGACUGGAAGGACUGGUGUUGAAAGAUACGAAGGGUAAUUAUGAACCAGGAAAACGACACUGGCUGAAAGUGAAAAAGGACUACCUAAAUGAGGGUGCGAUGGCUGACACAGCAGACCUGGUGGUGCUGGGAGCUUUCUACGGACAAGGCAGUAAGGGUGGGAUGAUGUCCAUCUUCCUCAUGGGCUGCUAUGAUCCCAAGAGUGAGAAGUGGUGCACUGUGACCAAGUGUUCCGGUGGCCAUGAUGAUGCCACCUUGGCGCGUCUGCAAACAGAGCUGGAUAUGGUGAAGAUCAGCAAGGAUCCUAGUAAAAUUCCAAGGUGGCUAAAAAUUAACAAAAUCUACUACCCAGACUUCAUCGUCCCAGAUCCAAAGAAAGCCCCAGUGUGGGAGAUCACAGGGGCUGAAUUCUCUAAAGCUGAAGCCCACACUGCAGAUGGGAUCUCCAUUCGCUUCCCUCGCUGCACCCGCAUUCGAGAUGACAAAGACUGGAAGACAGCCACCAACCUCCAGCAGCUUAAGGAGCUGUACCAACUCUCCAAAGAGAAGGCUGAUUUCAGUGUUGCUGCUGGGGAGGAAGACGAGUCCACAGCUGGCAGCAGUGGGGAGAAUGAGGGAAAUUCCCGGUCUUCCACACCACACAGCACUACUAAAACUCCCCCAAGGAAGUCACCUGCAAAAGCCCAGAAGCUAGAAGAAAGCAAAGCAGUCAUUGGAUCCCCUCAAAAAUCAGAGGAGAAACGAGGGGAGAAGCGAAAAGCAUCCGAGAUGGAUGACAAUGGAAAAAAGAUGCUGCUGGACAUAUUCACUGGUGUGAAGCUGUACCUGUCGCCCUCUGUGAAGGACUUCGACAAAAUCAGGCGGUACUUUAUAGCGUAUGAUGGGGAUCUUGUGCCAGAGUUUGACACAGCCUCAGCAACACACGUUAUAGGGGACAUUGAUGAGAAUCCUGGUGCUAAGCGUGUGUCUCCCAAGUGGAUCUGGGAAUGCAUCCGGAAACGGAGACUGGUAGCCCCAUGCUAGCAAUGCGGGGCAGCCGACCAGUCUUGACACAAGAAUUCCCUGAAGGGAACAGCUGAGAACUAGGUAGGUGGAAGAAAGGGUGAGAUUCCUCCGUGGACACACGGAUAGAAAUAAAAUGUCCAAGUCCAUCAGCGGUAGUUAUAAAGAUCCAUAGCAACCAUACAGGAUUAAUUAAAACAACUCUCUGAAGAAACGUCACUGCUGAAUCCAUUUUUCUGCCCAUAAUGUAGAACAAGGCACUUAUCUAGGUGCUGGUUUAGUCCCCUUGGGUUUUUAAAGUUUGGGUAUUUUUAUAGAUAAAUAAAACUGAAGCAGUUUCUCCUUUGCUGUCAGGACUUAUUUUCCAAAGGUUAUUCUCUGCCUGGACAGGAAAACAGACCACCAACUAUGUGAAACUAUUGGCUGUACUGCCGGGAUAAUUUUGCUGCAUGGCUACAAUUUACACGAAGGACGCGCGUCCUCCUGGUUUGACUUUUCUUUCCUGUCUUUUAACAUUCAGCACAGGUCUGUAUCCAGUAGCAGUUUACACCUCUGCUGUAGGUUUCAUAAUAAAACUAGGACACCAAAUAAGCUUCCAUUACAGCAACUGCUGUAGCAUUA